UGCUGGGCAGAACGAGAACGCCCUAGAAAGUUGACUCUUUCGCCGAUGAACAAAAGCUUCUUCCUUCAUACCUGCCGACCGACUAAACUUCCCUCGGGAUUUCCGCUCUCAUCCUGAUUGUGAUUCAUCUCAUCUGCCUUUCUGCCAUCGCUCACCAUGUCGAUACCAGAGCAGGCGUAGGACUUUCAUUCCGUACUGCCGUGGAGUGACAACUCUAGCAACCGCUACAGUACCGCGACCACUACAGAUAUCACUAUAAUACUGCAACUGCAAUCUGCACUCUGCACGGGCAUCGCUUUGCAGACGUCAGACAUCAUAAUCGUACGCCUAUACCCUUAGCAUACACCAACCAUACGAGUGCUACACUACCGACCAUAUAACCGUCUUACUCUUUCGCCCCCGGUCGUCAUCAUCCGUCAUUUUCAUCCCACCCCACCCAACUUGGACGGGACUAAGAAACACAAUCACAAAUCAUGCUGGGACAAUGCCACGGGCCUGUCUGGCAGGUCGAUGACAUUUCGAAUUGCGUCCAGAGAGAGUAGGAGUCCAUGCCAAUCCAUGAUUCUACACUAAAUAACUAACCGUUUCCAGUUACCUCAAGGUCCUAUUCCCGUUAAUAGCCAUUGCUAUCUCCUCCUCCAUUCUGUUAUCGCAGACCAUAGCACGCAAAGUCAGAUUAAAACGAAAAGAGAAUUACAAACGUCUUACAAACGGCGAUACAGGAUAUCAAAAUGGGCAUUCCAACGGACAUGCGAAUGGCACUGCAGAAGAGGCGGUGGGCAGCGACGAUGAGGACUUGACGAUGAAUGGAGGUCGAUUGGCACUAGCAAAGUCCACCAUACAAGGCUCGGUUGCAGCCAUUGACAGGCCCAGCGGCCAAUAUACUAUACUAGUGAUCGAACUACUGGCAAUUAUUGCCGUGCUCGCAAUAAACGUCGUUGCAUUUGUCUCCAAGGCAUAUGGCUCCAAAGGGCUCUUGACAACGGUGGUCGGUAUUACAACUUGGACUUAUAUUCUAGUGCUGGCAAGCUUCAGGCUGUUGUUGUCCUCGACAAGAUGGAGAAUCCCAGGCGUCUGGAAUCAUACUGCGGCGUUGUAUACAGCCCUCUGGCUUUUUGCUCUCGUCGUGUUCCGAUCAGUGAUUAUCCACCCUCGAUCCAACACCGCCCGCGCUUUGAUUAUUUCAGAGUUUGCUCUGACGACGCUGGUAUUUGGAAUUGCAAUUACUAGCAGAAAAGGAAACAAAGCAGUGGUCUUGGAAUGGGAACAAGAUAUUGAGCCCUCGCGGGAACCCCUUGCCAGUUUAUUUUCCAUUGCCACGUUUUCUUGGGCGGACCCCAUUGUGUGGAAAGGGUACAUGAAAACGUUGGAGUUACCCGACGUGUGGAACCUGUUACCCAAAGACAAAGCUGCCGCAGUUCUAGCCGAUUACCGACAGUUGCGAAAAACUCGUGCACUUACCUGGCAUCUCGCAAGCUAUUUCAAAUGGUAUCUUGUCGUGCAAUGCUGUUAUGCAUGCUUCUCGGGUAUGUUCACUUUUGCUCCUACAUUGUUGUUAAAGGCAAUUUUGGAAUACAUUGAGGAUCCUGAGAGUGCCCCGCGAAAUGUGGUAUGGCUUUACGUCAUUCUCCUUUCUUUCUCGGAUAUUCUGCGUUCUUUGGCAGACCAGCAAGCUCUGUGGACAGGACGAAAAAUCAACAUCAGAUUGCGCGCAAUCAUGGUUGGAGAGAUCUAUGCCAAAUCUUUGCGACGAAAGGCUGCUUCGGGGGGUGAAAAGGUUCUGGGUGACAAAAAGGACAAAAUCAAUGCUGAGAAGGUUGGCUUUUUCAAGAGAGUUCUGGGUGGAAAGAAGAAGGACGAGUCGAAAAACACGGACGCCAAUUCCACCAAUGAUGAGCCUGUGGCAAGCAAAAUAUCCGACGAGCAAGUCAACGUGGGAACCAUUAUCAAUCUCAUGUCUGUUGACUCGUUCAAAGUAAGUGAGAUUACAGCAUAUUUGCACUUCCUACUUGCCGCAGCUCCGACUCAACUGUUAGUGGCCAUCUACCUCUUGUACCGAAUCCUUGGACUCAGCAGUAUUCCUGGUCUUGUGGUCAUGGCAAUUCUAUUGCCUGUCAACAUUGCCUUUGCUAGAGGUUUCGGAGCCUUUCAGAAAAAGAUUAUGGCCGCAACAGAUAAACGAAUCCAUAUUACCAAUGAGGUCCUUCAAAAUAUAAGAAUCAUCAAGUACUUUGCAUGGGAACACCGCUUCAGCAAAAUUGUCAACGACAAGCGAGCCAUUGAACUCAAAGCUUUGAGAAAAAAGUACAUUCUGUGGGCAUUUGCUGUAGCGGUCUGGAAUACCGUGCCGGUCGUCAUCACCUUUUUCUCCUUCCUCUGCUACACAACCAUUGAGAAGAAGCCAUUGUAUCCAUCAAUUGCUUUCACAGCCAUCUCCCUCUUCACCAUUCUUCGUGUUCCACUUGAUCAAUUGGGUGACAUGAUUGCCCAUGUGCUUGAAUCCAAGGUAUCUGUAGAUCGUGUGGAGGAAUUCUUAAAUGAGGAAGAGACAGAGAAGUAUGAACAAUUGAACCACAAUUCUCUUGAUGCAGACGGUAAUCCAAUGAUCGGCUUUGAGGAUGCUACGUUUUCAUGGGGCGGUAAAGAAACGUCUACUGACGAUGUUUCGGAAGCGUUCCGUCUCAUUAACUUGAAUAUCAAGUUUCAGGUUGGCAAGUUAAACAUUAUUGCCGGCCCAACUGGAUCUGGAAAAACCUCGCUUCUCAUGGCGCUCAUGGGUGAGAUGACCUGCAUUAAUGGCAAGGUAUCUCUUCCAGGUGGUGGCCAAAGCCGUGAAGACAUCCCAAUAGAUCCCGAUACCGGAUUGACUGAAAGUGUCGCUUAUUGCGCCCAACAAGCCUGGUUGGUCAAUGCCGAUAUCAAGGAAAACAUUCUGUUUGCAGCGCCCUUCGAUGAACAACGUUACAGAAAUGUCAUCAUUGCAUGCGCAUUGGAACGUGAUUUGGAAAUUCUAGAUAAUGGCGAUAAGACCCUUGUUGGUGAGAAAGGAGUGACUCUUUCAGGGGGUCAGAAACAACGUAUCUCGCUUGCUCGAGCACUCUACUCGAACUCUCGACACCUUCUCCUAGACGAUUGCCUCAGCGCGGUGGAUUCACACACUGCGAAAUGGAUUUUUGACAACUGCAUCCGAGGACCGCUCAUGGAAAAUCGUACUUGCAUAUUGGUUACACACAACCUGGCACUUUGCGUUCCUCAAUCUCGAUACGUUGUCUAUAUGGAUAAUGGUAAAAUUGUUAUUCAAGGCUCCUCUGAAGACGUUAUAGCUUCCGGCAAACUUGGGGAUGAUGUCAACAAAUCACGUCCUGUAUCCGCAUCCGCAUCUCGACUUCCAUCUCGUGUUCCAUCAAGCGUCGGCGAUGAAAGUGGAGAUACGCUCAUCGACGGUACCAACCCCAGUGAAGAUAUCAACAAGCUUCAGAAAGUCAAGAGCGCUGGCAAACAGGAUGCUAUGGAAGAAACCAAGGCAGAAGGUGGUGUCAAAUGGGCUGUUCUCGCGCUCUACCUUAGAUCCAUGGGACCUUGGUAUGUAUUCAAAUCCAUUACAGUUUUCAAUUGUCCUCAUGCUAAUUAUUCACAGGUGGUUCUGGGUUCUCGCUGUAUUGGUUUUUGGUGUCCAACAGGUUGGUGGUUUAGCGGCCAACAUCUGGAUCAGGGAAUGGGCCAAUCAAUACGACAUUCAAGCCUCUGUAAAACCACAUUACAAUAUGUACCCUUCCACUUUUGUUGGCAAUACUAUUGCGACUGUCAAGAUGACAUCCUCGCGAAUGUCGCAAUUGCAGCCCUAUUUUGAUCCCAACCAGACCUCUCUACUGGCAAAAGUAGCACCAGAUGUGGAUGUCGGCUACUAUUUAGCAGUAUAUGCUCUGAUAGGCACGGCAUGCAUGCUGGUUGCACUUUUCCGAGAUUUUUGGUUGUUCUUUGGCUCCUUGACAGCUAGUUGGCAAAUUCAUAAACGCUUGAUGCAGUCCGUCACGCGUGCCAAGUUCAAGUUUUUUGAUGCCACCCCUCUAGGACAGCUGAUGAACCGUUUCAGCAAAGAUAUCGAGGCUGUUGACCAAGAAGUAGCAUCAAUCGCUAUUGGUGUCAUGUCUUGUGCUCUGGCAAUCGUUGUCACUGUUAGCUUAAUCACUGCUAUCACUCCAGGCUUUCUUAUUGCAGGCUUCUUCAUCAGUAUGAUGUACUUUGCCGUAGGCAAGUUCUAUUUACGAUCAUCGAGAGAUUUAAAGAGACUCGAAUCUGUUGGUAGAAGUCCAUUGUUCCAGCAAUUUGGCGAAACACUUAAUGGUAUCACAACUAUUCGUGCUUAUGGCGACGAGAGACGAUUUAUUCGCGACAACAUGUCCAGGAUCAACAAUCACAGUCGCCCAUUCAUUUACCUGUGGGCUGCGAACCGAUGGCUCGCAUUCCGUGUUGAUGUUAUUGGUGAUCUUGUUGCUUUCUUUGCUGGCGCUUUCGUAGUGUUCAGUAUUGGAAAGAUUGACGCUGGCUCCGCUGGGUUGUCUUUGAGUUACGCCUUGGGCUUCACAGAAAAUGUUCUAUGGCUCGUGCGUCUAUAUGCUGUCAACGAGCAGAACAUGAACUCGGUCGAGCGUAUCAAGGAAUAUCUCGACGUAGAGCAGGAGGCCGAAGCUGUCAUUGAGAAAACAAGACCUGCUCUGAAUUGGCCAAGCGAGGGAUCAGUUGAAUUCAUCAACUAUUCUACGAGAUACCGAUCUGAUCUUGAUCCGGUCUUGAACAAUGUAACCUUCAAGAUCAAUCCUCGGGAAAAGGUUGGUAUUGUGGGAAGAACCGGUGCUGGAAAGAGUUCUCUUGCCUUGGCACUUUUCCGUGGCCUCGAGGCAGAAGGAGGAAAGAUUUUGAUUGAUGAUGUUGAUAUUGGUCUCAUCGGUCUUCAAGAUCUUCGAGAAUCCAUCACUAUCGUUCCACAAGAUCCUACGCUCUUCACUGGAACCAUCCGUUCGAAUUUAGACCCAUUCGAGCUCUUCACGGAUGAAGACAUCUUUACAGCUUUAAGGAGAGUUCAGCUGAUUGGUGUUCCAACUUCCACAACUACUCCAUCUACUCCGGUCACCACAUCGCCACCAUCACCAACUGGAACCUCUACACCACCCACCAACAAGAACAUCUUUCUCAACCUCUCUUCCCCCAUCACGGAAUCCGGUAAUAAUCUUUCCCAAGGCCAGAGACAACUCCUCUGUCUCGCGCGAGCACUACUUAAGAACCCCAAGGUCCUGAUGAUGGAUGAAGCUACCGCUUCCAUCGACUACAACACGGAUAGCAAGAUCCAAGAGACGAUUCGUGAGCUGACUAGUACCAUCAUCACGAUCGCGCAUCGUUUGCAGACGAUUGUGGAUUAUGACAAGGUCCUCGUGCUAGAUAAGGGACAUGUGGUUGAGUAUGGACAUCCUCAUGAGCUGCUCAAGAAGGAGGGCGAGCAUGCGGUGUUUCGGGGGAUGUGUGAGACGAGUGGGGAUUUUGAGGGCUUGGUUAAGGCGGCGAAGAAGGCGUGGGAGGCGGGGAGGUUGGUGGAUGAUGAGUAGACGUAUUAUGAUACUUUGGUUUGGUUCGAAUGAAUGGAUGAAUGGCAUUGUUAGGAUGGUUGGGCAAGG